GGUGCAACCCUUCCCCACGACAAGCGAGAUCCAGCAACAGAGAGGCGGCGCCAAGGGAAUGUGCCCAGCCCAUGAUUAGUAAACGGGAAAAGUAUUCUUAAACACUGACCAUCAUUGCUCUCCACCUUAACAUCGAUCGGGGGGGAAGCCCCCACUUUCAGCGGCAGACGCUAUCGUUACUUUGUUGGUGUGAAAUUGGUGACUUCCUGUUGCAAAUUUUCUGGUGUAAGGACUUCUCUAUACGGACGUGAGAAUGUCGGGCAAGGUUCCGCUGCAUGCACUAUUUUACCUCGCUGCUUUUGGAGUGGGAACCACAGUUGACAUACACGACGAGGAUUUCAUCAAGAACUGCGUCGAUACCCACAAUCUAUACCGCUCUCAAGUUGACCCUCCCGCCAGCGACAUGCUGUACAUGUCGUGGGAUGGGAUUCUUGCUGAGGUAGCCCUUGCAUGGAGUAAGAAAUGCAUUUUUGACCACAACAGCGACCUAAAAACAAAAGGCAAACUUCAUCCAGUAUUCAACACUCUUGGGGAGAACAUCUAUGUUACAGCAGGUUCAAAAGUAAAUGUUCCUGCUGCAAUCCAACUUUGGUAUGAUGAGGUUAAACAUUACAAUUAUGAUUCUCGAAGAUGCACAAAGGUGUGUGGCCACUACACCCAGAUCGUCUGGGCAUCAAGUUACAAGGUUGGCUGUGCAGUUCACUACUGUCCAAACGGAAUUACUAGCUACAGCUCUGCGCCUUCAUCCAUUUUUGUUUGUGAUUAUGGGCCACCUGGAAAUUAUCCAUGGCAUCCUUAUUCAAGAGGAAAUGCAUGUACUAAGUGCCCACAAGAAUGGUGUGAAAAUAAAUUGUGCAGAAAUGCAACACGUGAUGUGACAAGACAUUCAAAUUCCCCGUGUGACAAUUAUUGUAUUACAGUUUUAGUAAUCAGACCAUUUCUCAUUAUUAUUAUUGUCAGUGGCGUAUAUCUUGCACAACAGAAGUACACCAACAUGUUUGCCUAUGUAUAAUACACAUUAACCUUCUUCCAGCUCUGUAUUUGUUGCCUCCCUGAAUGUUGGAUUUUGCAGUUAAGAGAAAAAAGUGAAACUUUCAUUAAUCCACAUGAAAACUAGAUCAAUUCCAAUCGCAAAUAUAUAAAUUUUUCAAGUAAACCCAUUUUAAAAAUGAACAUUCUCAGAUCAGGCUGGAUGCCAUGUGUAAUCUGCUAAAUCGUAACAUUGCUGGUGAAUCCUAAGUGAUUAGGUCAAACUUCCAUCCGCUCUAUGGCUCCAUAAAUGAUACCAAACCAAAAUGCUGUAGAAGGCUCUCAACCCAAAACAUGACCUAUCCAUGUUCUGGAGAGAGAUGCUACCUGUCCCACUGAGCUACUCUAGCUUUUAAGUGUCUAUCUUUGGUUUAAAGUAGCAUCUGCAGUUCCUUCCUACCCAUUUUUAGCUUUUUGUUGGGUGAAAAUGAGGAGCUGGUGCGACUUCAGUGGGGGAGGGAUAGAGAUGGAAUGCUGAGGUUACUUGAAGUUAGAGAUAUUCAAUAUUCAUACUACUGGACUGUAGGCUGCCCAAGUGAAAUAUGAGAUGCUGUUCUUCCAAUUUGUGUUUAGCCUCACUCUGACAAUGGGGAAGACCUAGGACAGAAAGGUCAGUGUGAGAAUGGGAAGGAAAAUUAAAGUGUUUAGCAACCGUGAGAUCAGGUAGGUUCAGUCGGACUGAGCGAAGGUAUUCAGUGAACCAAUCGCCCAGUCUACAUUUGGUCUCACCGAUGUAUACGUCCACAUCUUGAACAACGGAUACAGUAGAUAUGGUUGGAAGAGGUGCAAGUGAACCUCUGCCUAACCUGAAAGGACUGUUGGGGUGUCUGGACAGAGUCAAGGGAGGAUGUAUGGGGACAGGUGUUGCAUCUUCUGCAGUUGCAGUGGAAGGUUACCUUGGUUUGGGUGGGAAGGGAUGAACUAACCAGGGAGUUGUGGACAUUAUAAAUUAUUAUGGGUAACAUAUAAGGAGUAAAGCAUCAGGGGGGGGUGUUGGAUAUUUUAGAUUAGGACAAUUAAUGACUAUGAAAGAAAACAUUCUGUGGAAUAUUUCAAUUUCUGGGGAAUGGUUGAAAUUUAAAUUUUGUUUUUAAGAUAAGAUUAGAUUUUUAGAACCAUUUUUGUGGAGACAUUGAUUUUUUUUGUGCUUUGAUGUUUUCUGAUGAAUACUUCUGCUCAUUAAUUGCAAGAAUAUCGCCCCAAUAUAAAAAAUGGAGCUUGGUAACAAAGAUUAAAUCUAAUACAGUGAAAUGCAAUGCAAAACUCUUUAAUGCGCUUCAAAAAGCAAUUUGGUUCAUAUAUCAAGCGUGUUAUUUGUGUAUUUGGUUCAAGUUUUGUCACUGCCACAUUAGGACUGAUUUUUGUCCUGUGCCCCAUACACACUGGAAUAAUGGACAGGACUGGAUUCAUGUCAUCUGACAUUACUGGAUGGGCUCUGCCUAACCCCAUUCUGACAAAUGAAUUAGUUGAAAUUGCUUUUCUGAAAUAAAUUAUGGUUUCAAACAAAGA